GGGCUGCCUGCAGGCGCGGCUCCCGGCUCGAGCGAGCGAGCGGAGCGGGCGCCUCGGCCUCCGCGCCUCCUCCGAGAACAGGCGGCGCGCCCCCCGCCGGGCCCUGCGUCCCAGCGUACGUCCAGCAGCCUCGUGGCGGGAGGGCGCAACUUUACCCCGGUCCUGGGCGGGGCGGGGACGGCAGCGGGACAACUUGGAAAACUUCUCUGGGGCGGACGGCAGGGACACCGGGCGCCGGUGGAAGAGAAUGUAGGAGGGCAGUGGCUGGCCCAGGGCGUCCCCGACCUCCUAAGCCCCUUUCGGCCUGGCCAUGGGGCUCCAGCGCCUUCAGCGCCGCCAGGGGGGCGACCCCCUCGUCUAGCCGAGCUGGGUGGGACAGCUCUGUCGCCGGCUGUGCACGCGCUGGGCGAGCAGCGCCCCUUCUGGCCGCGUCCGGCCCCGCCAUGGACCACCAGGAGCCCUACUCCGUGCAGGCCACUGCAGCCAUCGCGGCGGUCAUCACCUUCCUCAUCCUCUUCACCAUCUUUGGCAACUCGCUGGUCAUCCUGGCUGUGUUGACGAGCCGCUCUCUGCGCGCCCCGCAGAACCUGUUCCUGGUGUCGCUGGCCGCCGCCGACAUCCUAGUGGCCACGCUCAUUAUCCCUUUCUCGUUGGCCAAUGAGCUGCUGGGCUACUGGUACUUCCGGCGCACGUGGUGCGAGGUGUACCUGGCGCUCGACGUGCUCUUCUGUACCUCUUCCAUCGUGCACCUGUGCGCCAUCAGCCUGGACCGCUACUGGGCCGUGAGCCGCGCGCUGGAGUACAACUCGAAGCGCACCCCGCGCCGCAUCAAGUGCAUCAUCCUCACCGUGUGGCUCAUCGCAGCUAUCAUCUCGCUGCCGCCCCUUAUCUACAAGGGCGACCAGGGCCCCCAGCCCCGGGGGCGCCCGCAGUGCAAGCUCAACCAAGAGGCCUGGUAUAUCCUGGCCUCCAGCAUUGGAUCCUUCUUCGCACCCUGCCUCAUCAUGAUCCUUGUCUACCUGCGCAUCUACUUGAUUGCUAAACGCAGCCACCUCAGAGGUCCCAGGGCCAAGCGGGGCCCUGGGGAGGGUGAGUUUAAGCAGCCUCGCCCAGUCCCCCAGGGAGCUUCAGCCUCAGCCAAGCUGCCAACCCUGGCAUCUCAUCUGGCUGCUGCCGGAGAGGCCAACGGACAGUCCACGCCCACCGGGGAGGAGGAGGAGGAGGGGGAGACCCCUGGGACCUCUGCCUUGCCACCCAGCUGGCCUGCCCUUCCUAGCUCAGGCCAGGAUCAGAAGGAAGGUGUUUAUGGGGCAUCUCCGGAGGAGGAGGACGAGGACGAGGAGGAGGAGGAGGAGGAAGAGUGCGAGCCUCAGGCUUUGCCAGCAUCUCCCCCUUCAGCUCGCAAGCCACCCCUGCAGCAGCCACAGGGCUCCCGGGUGCUGGCGACCCUACGUGGCCAGGUGCUCCUAGGCAGGGGUUUGGGCACUGCAGGUGGGCAGUGGUGGCGUCGGCGGGCACAGCUGACUCGAGAGAAGCGGUUCACCUUUGUGCUGGCUGUGGUCAUUGGCGUCUUCGUGCUCUGCUGGUUCCCUUUCUUCUUCACAUACAGCCUGGGUGCCAUCUGCCCACAGCACUGCAAGGUGCCCCACGGCCUCUUCCAGUUCUUUUUCUGGAUCGGCUACUGCAACAGCUCGCUGAACCCCGUCAUUUACACCAUCUUCAACCAGGACUUUCGCCGUGCCUUCCGACGGAUCCUUUGCCGCCAGUGGACCCAGACGGCAUGGUGAGCCGCCUGCCCAUGUGUUGGUGCCAAGUGGCACCAAGGCCACGCUGCUUCUUGCUCUGUUUUAUGUGGCCACCUUCCUGUGGUUUUCCGGUCCCUGCCUAGGUCCUGCAGGCCUCAUCUUGGGAGCCCACUGGGAGGGGCAGGGGCAGGGGUGCUGUUCACAGCGGUCCAUUUGAAGCCUCCCCUUGCUGGCUCGGCUGUGGGGCAGUGUCUUCUCCACCCCCUGCCUGAGCACAGG